GACUUAACUCAUGCAAACGACUUGUUCGGGCAAGAUAUAUAAGAAAUAUUUAUUAAUUACAACAUAAUUUGCAACAUAAAAGGAAGCAAAAUGGACGGUGGCCUUGCACCAGGAAUGUUGUCGGAUCUCUGUGAUAUGUUGAAACCUGCUGAUGAGGACUCAGACAGUGAUGAGGAAAAGCCUCAAUCUUCAAUUGCCCAGCUGAACCCUGGCAAUAUUGGCCCAGAAAAGAAAGCAGGCACAACUGAGAAAGAAGAAAAAGUGAAGAAAAACACCAAGGACAUCUGGGAUGCUGAAGAGGUGCAAGAGGGUGCAGAGUUUGAGUCAAUGUACGAUCCCAGACCCCAGCCUGACUAUGACAUAGUCUACAAACAGGCUGUUACAUCAGAGGACAUGUUUCUACAGAUGGGAAAUAAGACCCCAGCUACUUCUUCCUGCGAAGAUAUGGUGGUAAAGGUUAAACUUCCAGACACAAAGAUAGCAGAUGUAGCUCUAGAUGUGAAGACAAAGUUUUUGGACUGCAGGACACGGAAAUAUUUUCUGGGCCUCCAUCUGCCCCACCCCGUAGAUAGCAAAAGCGGCAAGGCACAGUGGGACGGUAAAACAGAGACUCUGAGUGUUACAUUAAGACUGAAAAGAGACUAUGACUUCAUGAACUUCUGAUGAUGAUUUGAAAUGUGUUAACUGUCAGGUGGCUAUAAAGAGACUCUAGCUAUGACUUCGUGAACUUCUAAUGAUAAUUUGAAAUGUGUUUAUUAUCAGAUGGCAAUGAAGAGACUCUAGCUAUGACUUCAUGAACAUCUGAUGAUAAUUUGAAAUGUGUUAAUUAUAAGUUGGCAAUGAAGAGACUCUAGCUAUGACUUCAUGAACAUCUGAUGAUAAUUUGAAAUGUGUUAAUUAUAAGUUGGCAAUGAAGAGACUCUAGCUAUGACUUCAUGAACAUCUGAUGAUAAUUUGAAAUGUGUCAAUUCACUAAAUUGUCAGGUGGCAGUAAAGAGACUCUAGCUAUGACUUCAUGAACAUUUGAUGAUAAUUUGAAAUGUGUUAAUAAUAAGUUGGCAAUGAAGAGACUCUAGCUAUGACUUCAUGAACAUCUGAUGAUAAUUUGAAAUGUGUUAAUUAUAUGUUGGCAAUGAAGAGACUCUAGCUAUGACUUCAUGAACAUCUGAUGAUAAUUUGAAAUGUGUCAAUUCACUUAAUUGUCAGGUGGCAGUAAAGAGACUCUAGCUAUGACUUCAUGAACAUUUGAUGAUAAUUUGAAAUGUGUCAAUUCAUUAAAUUGUCAGGUGGCAGUAAAGAGACUCUAGCUUUGACGUCAUGAACUCCUGAUGAUAAUUUGAAAAGUGUAAAUUGUCAGAGACCUUUAUAGAGUCCUCCUCUAGCUAUGAUUUCUUGAACUUUUGAGGCACAAAAAAGGAAUUUAAGAACAUACUUGGAUGAAAAUAAGAGACACUGAAUGCGACCAAAAUGCUGAAGGAGGCCUAUGAAGCUCAUGGAAUAGUGAACUAAAAUCAGAAAUGUGAUGGGAGUAAGUUGAAACAAAUGUGUUCAUCAUGAUAAUAGGAACACUCAAAUUUGAGUAAUUUCACUGAUGGAAAGGUAACUUGUGUUUUUCAGAAUGAACUAAAAAUUAAAGGUUCUCCUAGAACCAGGUAAUUCUUUCUGUAUAUUUUUUAGCUUUAAUUCGGAAACCAGGUGGUACUUAAGUUGUUCAAUGGGAAACUGUUAUUCAUUGAAUGGUUUGUACCAAAUCAAACUUAUUUUAUAGAACAGAACAUUUACCAACCUUAAGGCCUGAGACCCAUAUACUGUAGAACAAAAGGGAGACAAUUGCAAACAUAUAUACAUGUAAGAUUUUCAGUCCCAUCCAUGGUUCAUUUCUCAGGAUGUCAAAGUAACCAUUUUAAUUUUUUUAUACAUGUAUGGUUAUAUCAUGUUUGAGUGUGUUUUCUUUGUUUAAGUAUUUCCACCGACUCUAAUUUUGGAAUGGAAUCACAUAGCAUGGGUCCAACUGUUCUUUAUUUACGCAGAUAAAUUUAUUUAUAUUGCAUGCUAUUUAUUAAAUGUUGUCCUUUACAAAAUGUAACAUAAGUUUUGUCAGCUGAAACCCUCGUGAUUGAAAAUAUAUACUUGUGUCAUGUUAAAGCACUGGUAUGAUCUCAAAAACAUGGGUUCUGAGUGUUGUUACCAUUACUUAUUGCUGAAUAUAUCCGUCCAUUUAUGUUUAGUUCAUCAAUAUGCUAUAUGUAUUAUGAGCUAUUCAUUUGAAAACUGACACAAGUUUGACGCAUUUUUUCAUCACAAUCUGUUUGUGUUCUUUAAGUAUGUCAUAAUCUUAAUGUCAAAUAAAUAUUGAUGAUAUUUUGUUUAAUUAUUAAAGAUUUUGACAAGUAGUUUAUGGUUUUAAAUGUUAAAGAUAUGGUUUGAUUUUGUAUCUACUCUGGCAAAUCAUGCCAAAUGAGAUAUUUAUAAUGUUAUGAUAUUUUUUGGAUUUGCA